UCCACCGUCAAAGCAAUUAGCUUGGAGAUCUAUAGCAAAAUGAAACUUUUCUUAGCGUGCAUCUUUAUUGCCGCCGCGACGGCUGCAGUGAUUCCUGUCGAACAAGCCAGGCACCGUCGUGACGUCUCCGAGCUCGUGAACGAGUACAUCCCGCCGUCGGAGGAAGUUGGCGCCGAGUUGGCCCAAGACCCCGCCGCCCUGGGAGACGAUGGAUACCGCUACAAGACCGUGCGCCGCCUGAAGCUCCGUCAUCGCCGUGAUGUCUCCGAGAUCGCCAAUGAUUACCUGCCCCCCUCGGAGGAGGUUGUGUCCGAAGAAGCCCCCAUUGAGGAGGCUCCAGUUGAGGAGGCUUCUCAGGACUCCGCUGUUCUCGCUGCCGAUGGAUACCAAUACAAGACUGUGCGUCGUCUGAAGUACCGUCAACGUCGUGAUGUGUCUGAAAUCGCCAACGAAUAUCUGCCCCCUUCGGAGGAGGUUGUUGCUGAUGCCCCAGUUGAGGAGGUUCCCGUUGAAGAAGCUAGCCAGGAUUCCGCUGUUCUUUCCGCCGAUGGAUACAAGUACAAGACUGUCCGCCGUCUAAAGUACCGCCAACGUCGUGAUGUCUCCGAGAUUGCCAACGAGUAUCUGCCCCCUACUGAGGAUGCUGCUACCGAAGCCCCCAUUGAGGAAGCUCCAGUUGAGGAGGCUUCUCAGGAUUCCGCUGUUCUUGCUGCCGAUGGAUACCAGUACAAAACCGUUCGUCGUCUGAAGUACCGCCAGCGUCGUGAUGUCUCUGAGAUCGCCAAUGAGUACCUUCCUCCUACCGAAGAGGUUGUCGCUGAUGCUUCAGUUGAGGAGGUUCCCGUUGAGGAAGCUAGCCAGGAUUCCGCUGUUCUUUCCGCUGAUGGAUACAAGUACAAGACUGUCCGCCGCCUGAAGUACCGUCAACGUCGUGAUGUCUCUGAGAUUGCUAACGAUUACCUGCCCCCCUCUGAGGAAGUUGUUGCCGAAGAAGCCCCCGUGGAAGAAGCUCCCGUAGAGGAAGCCUCCCAGGAUUCCGCUGUCCUUGCUGCCGAUGGUUACCAGUACAAGACUGUGCGUCGCCUAAAGUACCGUCAGCGUCGUGAUGUCUCCGAGAUCGCAAACGAGUAUCUGCCUCCUACUGAGGAUGCUGCCACCGAAGCCCCCAUUGAGGAAGCUCCAGUUGAAGAAGCUAGCCAAGAUUCCGCUGUUCUUGCUGCCGAUGGAUACCAAUACAAGACUGUGCGUCGUCUGAAGUAUCGUCAACGUCGUGAUGUGUCUGAGAUCGCCAACGAGUACCUUCCCCCUUCGGAGGAGGUUGUUGCUGAUGCCGCAGUUGAGGAGGUUCCCGUUGAGGAGGCUAACCAAGAUUCUGCUGUCCUUUCCGCUGAUGGAUACAAGUACAAGACUGUCCGCCGCUUGAAGUAUCGCCAACGUCGUGACGUUUCCGAGAUCGCCAAUGAGUACCUUCCCCCCACCGAAGAGGUUGUCGCCGAUGCUCCAGUUGAGGAAGUCCCCGUGGAGGAAGCUUCCCAGGAUUCCGCUGUCCUUGCUGCCGAUGGUUACCAGUACAAGACCGUGCGUCGCCUUAAAUACCGCCAGCGUCGUGAUGUCUCCGAGAUCGCCAAUGAGUACUUGCCCCCCACUGAGGAAGUUGUUGCUGAUGCACCAGUGGAGGAGGUCCCCGUUGAGGAAGCUUCUCAGGAUUCCGCUGUUCUGGCUGCUGAUGGAUACAAAUACAAGACCGUUCGUCGUCUGAAGUACCGUCAACGUCGUGAUGUCUCCGAGAUCGCCAACGAAUACCUGCCCCCAGUUGAGGAUGUUGCCACCGAAGCCCCCGUUGAGGAAGCUCCAGUUGAGGAGGCCUCUCAGGACUCCGCUGUCCUGGCUGCCGAUGGAUACCAGUACAAGACUGUCCGCCGCCUGAAGUACCGCCAGCGUCGGGAUGUUUCCGAGAUCGCCAACGAGUACCUGCCCCCUUCGGAGGAGGUCGUCACCGAGGCUCCUUUGGAGGAGGCUCCCGUUGAGGAAGCUUCUCAGGACUCCGCCGUCCUGGCUGCCGAUGGCUACCAGUACAAGACCGUGCGUCGCCUGAAGUACCGCCAGCGCCGCGAUGUCUCCGAGAUUGCCGGCGACUACCUGCCGCCCACCGAGGAGGUGGAGGAGGUGGUGGCUGAUGCGCCCGUCGAGGAAGCUUCCCAGGACUCCGCCGUGCUCUCUGCUGAUGGAUACAAGUACAAGACUGUCCGCCGCCUGAAGCUGCGUCAUCGCCGUGCUCUGUAAGUGAGGAUAGAAGGACGAAUGCUAUUAAAACCUGUACCUGAACAGAACCUCGUUCACGACUCGAACCACUCUCACCCCCACCAACCACUAUUAGGCCGUAAGUUUUGCUAUUAUUUAACGAUUG